AUGGCCUGUUGGUGGGCCGGCUGGCUGCUCCUGCUCGUGGAGGCUUGGGGGGCCCACCUGGCGCAGGGGAUGCUGGAGCCCUGGGCCCAGGAGGCUGCGUGGCUGGGAAACACAUCCGCGUUCCAGGCCAGCAGCCUGCAGCGCCGCCUGCCUCAGGGGAUCAUCAUCGGGGUGCGGAAGGGGGGCACACGGGCCCUGUUGGAGAUGCUGGCGCUGCACCCCCAGGUGGCCGCUGCCCGUGCCGAGGUGCACUUCUUCAACCGGGAGGAGAACUACCGCCGGGGGCUGGGCUGGUACCGCCAGCAGAUGCCCCUCUCGCGCCCUGGCCAGCUCACCAUGGAGAAGACCCCAGGCUACUUCUCCUCCCCGCGGGCCCCCGAGCGCGUCCGCGCCAUGGACCCUGCCGUGCGGUUGCUGCUCAUCGUGCGGGACCCGGUGGAGCGGCUGGUGUCAGACUACACCCAGAUCCUGCACAACCGCCGGGCACGGCGCAAGCCCUACCCACCCCUGGAGCGGCUCCUGCUGCGGGGGGACCAGGGCCUCGACACCCGCUACAAGGCUAUCCAGCGCAGCCUCUAUGCCCUGCAACUGGCCCGCUGGCUGGCCGCCUUCCCCUCGGCCCACAUCCACGUGGUGGACGGGGGCGGCCUGAUCCGCGAGCCCCUGCCCGAGCUGCGCCGUGUGGAGCAGUUCCUGGGCCUGGUACCCAGCCUGGGCCCCGACAACUUCUACUUCAACCAGACCAAGGGCUUCUACUGCCUGCGGGCUGGGGCCCGCCAGCGCUGCCUGGACGAGUCCAAGGGGCGGCCCCACCCGCCCAUCGCCGAGCAGCUGCUGGAGCAGCUCUGCACCUACUUCAGCGCCCACAACGAGCACUUCUUCAGCCUGGUGGGGCGCACGUUCAACUGGUGCUGA